GUUUCUGAGGGAUGCAGGAGGGGCAGAGUGGAAAAAAAGACAAAUAUCAUCACUCCACUCCUCCGAGGGAGGGACUUUAGAAGAUAGUGCGUUGUCAUGGCUGAAAAAUGUGCGGCCAGACGUUUGUGAGCUGAGCGCCUGAAGUUGGAGCGCAUCCGAGCACAUAUGCAGGCGCCGGUUCUUGGUGUUGAAUGGAUCCCGCUGUGCUCAUCUUCCUGCUCUACGUGAUGAUUGCGCACGACCUGAUCUGCGGAUUGAUGCAAUACCGCAGACAGAGCGCCAGACCCAGAAAACCCGCAUCUGGACCUUUGCUGCGCUCGAGCUCCAGGUUGGGUCAGGGAUUUUUGAGGACAAACCGUCUGUCAGAAGGUGCUAGCCGAGGAGGGAGGGACCUGAGAAAAACCGGACGAAUCGUCAGAAAACUGUAACAAGGACACAAGUUAAUCUGACGGAAACUGAACAUACAGAACAAGCAGCUUCUGGACUCUAAUUGUGUUCAGUGAGCUGCGAGACUCUCAGCUCAGCAAACAGUCACUCAGUAUCAGCAAAAGGUCUCAUCCAGCACAGUAGUCAGAAUUGCAGCGACUGGGAACCUUUGAAAUGUCACAUUGCAGGACGUUUAAAUACCACAAACAGGUUCAGGUUCAUCACUUUCUGGGCUGACAGCCACAGUCGAAACUACUCGUCAAGCCACCUGUUGUAAAGACACCAUGGCAUCGGUAUCCAGCAGCUCUCGUCUCAACAAGGCGAUCCGGCAGCAGUACAUGAAACUGCCUCAGGGGGAGAAAUGCCAGGUUACAUACAUCUGGGUGGAUGGCACCGGAGAGGGGCUCCGCAACAAGACAAGGACCCUGGACUCGGAACCAAAAAGCAUUGAAGAUAUUCCUGAGUGGAACUUCGAUGGAUCGAGCACCUACCAGGCUGAAGGCUCCAACAGUGACAUGUACCUCAUUCCAGUCUGCAUGUUCAGGGAUCCUUUCACCCUGGACCCCAACAAACUCGUCCUCUGUGAGGUCCUUAAAUAUAACCGCCUACCUGCUGAAACCAACCACAGGCACACCUGCAACAAAGUGAUGGAGCAGAUUAAGGAGGAUUGCAUGUGGUUCGGCAUGGAGCAGGAGUACACACUCCUGGGAAUAGAUGGGCAUCCAUUUAGCUGGCCUCCGAAUGGAUUCCCCGGGCCUCAAGGCCCAUAUUACUGUGGAGUGGGAGCAAACCAUGCAUAUGGACGGGACAUUGUGGAGUGUCACUACAAAGCCUGCCUCUACGCGGGGGUUAAUAUCUAUGGUACCAACGCUGAAGUUAUGCCCUCCCAGUGGGAGUUCCAGGUAGGCCCCUGCGAAGGCAUUGAGAUGGGAGACCAUCUGUGGAUGGCUCGUUUCCUUCUGCAUCGUGUGUGUGAAGAUUUCGGGGUGGUUGCAACGCUGGACCCCAAACCGAUAAAAGGCAACUGGAAUGGUGCCGGCUGCCACACAAACAUCAGCACCAAGCAGAUGAGGGAAGAUGAAGGACUGAAGUACAUCGAGCAGGCCAUAGAAAGGCUUAGCAAAAAGCACAGAGAGCACCUCCAGGUGUACGACCCACACGGAGGCAAUGACAACAUGAGGCGCCUCACGGGUCUGAAUGAAACCUCAAGCAUCGAGGACUUCUCUGCUGGCGUCGCCAACCGAGGAGCCAGCAUCCGCAUCCCCCGACAGGUGGGCCAGGACCGGAAGGGCUACUUCGAGGACCGCCGCCCUGCAGCAAACUGUGACCCCUACGCAGUGACAAUGGCUCUCGCCCAAACCUGCCUCCUUGAUCCAAUGGAGGAAAAGGAGAGCAAGUAGAAAGAAUUAAAUAAAUGCACAGGCAUAUCCCCCAGCAGAUUCUAUAAGGAGAUUGUUUUUACACAAGAUAACUACUACUAUGAAACAAGUACCAGAUACAAAGCCUUGCACUUGUCUUUCCUUUUGAUCUUUUUCACAUUUUCUCCUCCUACAGCAACACAUUUCCUGGUUUUAUGGGACAGAUUUAUGCAAAUUGGUGCAAAAUGUUAGUUGAAAGAAAUCAUUACACUAUUUAAAUAAUAUAAGAUAAAAAAAUCUCUGUACAAGUGGGACAUGCAUUUGUGUUUAGACCCCAAAUAGUUGGUAAAUAGAUAGUAAAGCAACAUUUUUCUGCUAAUCUAGCAAAGUUACUUUAUUCUAUUCAUUUGCAAAAUGUCACCUAAUUAAUUUGUGGGAAACAACAAAUUAGAGAACUUUUCAGAUUGACUUUGAAAAUGUAUCUCAUGCCACACAUUUCGCCCACUAAUAGUUUUCUUGUUGACAGAUUCUCCUAUCUGAGUCUAGGAUCUAUGCAGCUGCUAGGAGCUCUGCUGUGCUCUCCAUCAAACCUCUGAGAUCUCUGAGAAAGAAAAGCUCCAUCACACACACAGAGAUGACAUUUUUAAAGCAGAAUUUAGGAAAAUGGGCAAAACACAAAUGCAGGUCAAACUUUACAGAUAUUUAUUUGCCAAGAACUGAUUAUUUCUUCACUUCAUUUGGGUCCUGCUUGGUGUUGAUCUAUCAUAUAAAAGCUCAGUUAAGUUCAAGUCCUUGGUUGUAAUUUGAGAAAAUCUUGAAAUGAUUAACAAACAGAUGGAACCAAACCAAAAACAGAAAAAAGUAAUGAGGCACAAACACAAUACAAACACAGGCAGAUUUAGUCCAAGCAGUGAUCAUUUCCUCACAGCAAAAGAAAGGAUAGAACCUUAAUUUAAAUGUACCGCUGUCAAAACUUAAUGGUGACACAAAAGGCACAAAAACACAAUUCAGUUAAACAAAGGUAGAAAAAUGAUCAAAGAGUUGUGAGUUUUUCUACAGACCAGUAACAGAAAAGGGCAUCCGGGAGACAUGAAUGCAUGCAAAUAACUAAAGGAGAUGCAAAACAAGUUCAAAUAGAGUGUAUCAAAACUCACACACAUCGAGCAACAAACCGUCUUACAUAAUUUAUUAGUAAAACAGAGACACAACUACACUAAAAGUGGUAGAAAAGUAAAAUCCAACAAAACCAGCUUCAAUCAUCAUUCGUUUAAGGUGUCCUCAGUUCAAUGUGUUUUCAACGUGUUUUUCAUUCUGCUGUCUCACAAUCUGUCCAUGCCUAUAAGCUGCCGUGUUUGUUAAAAUUCUGUAGCAUCACUACAACAUGAUCAGAUCCGUCUGAUAGUUUACUGUGGAUCACUGAACUGGCAGCAUCGGUGGUGUGUUUAUCCUUGUGCUCAGACAUUAACUAUUUGGAAAAAGCUUGAAUUAGAUGUUUUUUAUUGUUGUUUGUUCUUGUAUUUGUAUAAAAUGAGAAGUGCUUUUGCUGUAUGUUAAACAGUUUCACUGUUAAAAGUAAAUUAAAGAUAUGGAUUGAUA